GAAAUGAAAGGUUCAGAAGAAGAAUUUGUUGUGACCCCUGAGCAUCUGCAAAAAACUUAUUCUGGAGUCAGGGCAGGAAGGAAAGGAGAUGCUACUUUCGCUAAAAACUUGGCUUCGGCGGUUUUCAGUGACGAAGUUUUAAUGAGAUCUAGUUGGUCAGGAAAUGCGGCUCAAGGAGGAAAGAAAAAAGUCAAGAAACAGGAAGAGUCAGCUCGCCCUGCCUUAUCAUCUGUCGGCAAAAAUGUCCUAGAAGCUUUGUUCGUGGAAAGAAUUAAAAAGGAAGUCCCCCCGCCAAGUGAAGGGGAAAUACAAGUUCGGACAGAAAUAAUCCCCGAUGCUGUACGGCACAAGAUAAAGUAUUUGCGGAGCAAAUAUCUCCAAGCAGAGGACGAGGACAAGACACAAGGACCAGUAAAAGUAGAGGAGAUCACGCCUUAGUGAUGAGUAGCUUUUGCCUUUAUACAUACCGUCAGUUGGUCUAACAUGAGCCGGUUUUUGACUUUGAGGCUUUGCAU